UACUUCACUAAACUGCUGAGGAAAAGCCCAUGUCACAUGAUGCUGGGAUGCCUAUAAAAUGGAGUAGAGGAAUAGCAGCCAGCGUCAACAUCCCAGGUUAGUAAGAAAAGAAGCCAAGCUGCAUUACAACAGCUGACCAGCAAAGCAAAGCCAUGAGCAAUAUUUCCAAGAAUUCGCUAAAAACUGUCUUGCUGCAACUUGAAUGCCAUUUUACAUGGACUUUGCUGAAGGAUGAUGUUGAUCUUGAUAACUUAGAGGAAACAAUUUGUGAUCAGAUUGAGUUUCUAAUCACAAAAUCCAAAAUCAGUAAUUAUAAUCUGCUAGCCUAUGUGAAACACAUGAAAGGCAACAGUGAGGAAGCUCUGGAAAGUCUACAAAAAGCUGAAGAAGAAGUUCAAACAAAUCAUGCAGAUGAGGUUGACAGAAAAAGUCUUGUUACCUGGGGGAACUAUGCUUGGGUCUAUUACCAUAUGAACAAACUUCAAGAAGCUCAAUCCUACAUAGGCAAGGUAGAAAGCAGCUGCAAAAAGCUCUCAAGUGCAUCUCGCUAUAAGAUUCAACUGCCUGAGAUCUACUGUGAACAAGGGUGGGCACUAUUAAAGUUUGGAAUAAAGUAUUACGAAAGAGCAAAGAAAUGCUUUGAAAAGGCUCUGGAAGAGGAACCCAACAAUCCAGAAUUUAAUUCUGGCUAUGCAAUUGCCAUAUAUCGCCUGGAAGAUUUUCUUACAAAAGGUUCUUCUGGUGAGGACUCAUCACUGGAACCUUUAAGGCGUGCAGUAAGACUGAAUCCAAACGACACUUUUGUUAUGGCACUCCUUGCACUGAAACUUCAGGACACAGAACAAGUCGAAGAAGGAGAAAAGUACAUCAAAGAAGCAUUGCAAAAAACCCCAGAUCUUCCCUAUUUAUUGCGAUAUGCUGCCAAGUUUUACAGAAAAAAAGGACUAGUGGAGAAAUCACUGGGGUUUUUGAAAAAGGCACUGGAAUUUACACCAACCUCUGGCUUCCUGCAUCAUCAGAUAGGUCUUUGCUACAGAACACAAUUAUACAAAAUGAAAAAAGCUACAAAAUAUCCACCUAGAGAGCAGAUGGAGGAACUGAUUCGGCUGAGCAUUUUUCAUUUUAAAAUGGUGGUGGAGCAAAAAUCAAAGUUUAUGUAUGCCUAUAUUGACCUAGCAAGCAUGUAUGCAGAAGGAAAUCAAUAUCAAGAAGCAGAAGACACCUUUCAAAAAGUAUUUAAGAUGGAGAAACUCACCUGUGAUGAAAAGCAACAACUCCACUACCGCUAUGGACGAUUUCAGGAAUAUCACAAAAAGUCUGAAGCUGAGGCUAUUAAUCAUUACACAAAAGGGCUGAAAAUUGAGAAAAACUCACAUGAAAGAAACAUGUGUAAAGAGGCUCUGAAGAAAUUAAUAGAAAGGAGAAUUCAGAGAGGCUCUGCAGAUGCUAAAAAUUUGGGUAUCCUUGGACUUAUUCACCAACUGAAUGGGGAGAAGCCUCAAGCAAUUGAGUGUUAUGAGAAAGCCCUCGCAUUGGAGCCUGAUAAUGAAGAAUACUUAAGUGCUCUCUGUGAGAUACGGCUUUCCAUAGAAAUCUAAAGCUUCUAACAGCUGGCAGAUAAUCCAUUUCUGUAAUCACCCAAUUUUUUUUUUUUCAAAACUGUAUAUGAUGAAAAGUUUGUCAACUUCCUCCAUUAUUUGUAUGAUAGCCUGAAUUCCCCAUUUAGGCAAAACUUGCAUUGGAAUUAGGCCUAUAGUUUGAACAUUACUUAUUGGCAUGUAGUGCAGAAUUUGUAAUCCUAGCAAUUAAUGAGCUCUUGUGGCCUCUCUCUCCUGCGAAAUAACUAUGUUUAUGUUGAUAACAAAGAACACUUUCUGCAGUGCUUGAAGUGAAAAAGUGUAACAGAUGUGGAAGUUGGUAGCACCACCUGCUGGUGAUCAUGUAAAACCUGGCAAAUGAUGUUUUCUAACUUGCAUAAUGCCAAGAGUCUGACUGUGGAGAACGUAUAAUAGUUAAUCUAUCUUUUGGCUCAAUUUAAGAUCUCUGUAAAUAUCUGUGUUUGUGUUAAUUUCUGCUCUUAGAUACAUAGCUUCAACGUGAAUCAUCAGAACAUGCAGUACACUGGGAAAAGAUGAGGGUUAAAAUUUAUCAAGAGUCUGUUAGUUCAUACUAUUUCAAGACAUCAGAUAAUUGAGUGCAUCCUCCUAUGAGGGCAAGAAAUAAUGAUAUGGAUUGGAUACUACUGAUGAGUUUUAUCAUUUUGGACAGGGUGGAUUUAUAUUGUUACUAGGAUGCACACUUUAGAGCUAUAUUCAGAAUUCAGUAUGGGUCAUGGACUUUUGUGAGUUUGGGAGUCUGUAGGCUUGCAUAAUUGACUGCGUUUGCCGUACUUGUUUAACUAGGAAGAAAAAAGAGCCCUGCUUGUAUCUUUUUUCCAAUGAGAAUCUUAUAAACCAUGUACCAUUUGCACGUUGCUGUAUUUUUGUAAAUUAUUAAACUGCACUGAGUCAAUUAAA